ACUUGUCAAACAGCGUAAGGUGACGUGGGGAUAUCAGAAACCGCCAAGUGUUUUCUUCUAAUUCCGAUUUCCAAAACUAAAGAUAUUACGCCCUUACCGGCAAUCUUGAACUAAAAUGAACAGUCAUCAAAGUGUGAAAUCACUUUUCUUUUUCUUCUUGUGCAUUUCCGUCUCGUUAACUGUAGAACUAACUUUUGAAUUACCUGAUAACGCAAAAGAAUGUUUCUACGAAGAGAUCGAAUCGGGCACGGAUUUUACAGUUGAAUUUCAGGUUGUGACAGGUGGCCAUUAUGACAUUGAUUUUGAACUAAUUGCACCCAACAAGGAAGUAUUGUACAGAGAAGUGAAAAAACAGUAUGAUUCAUUUUCAAAGAAAGCUGAUGUUAGAGGUGUUUACGCAGCAUGCUUUUCUAAUGAAUUUUCAACAUUUUCCCACAAACUGGUCUAUGUUGAUUGGCAAGUUGGAACAGAAGAUCCUUUACCAGGUCUUGGUGAACAUUUGACUGCUAUGACUCAGAUGGAAUCAUCAUCUCAUUCCCUCCAUGAGAACUUGAACAAAGUAGUUGAUUAUCAAACCCAUCAUCGGUUAAGAGAGUCUCAGGGUCGUAAGCGGGCUGAAGAUCUGAAUGAAAGGGUCUUCCUAUGGGCAGUAGGAGAGACUGUAGCCAUUAUUGUUAUAUUAAUUGGCCAGGUUGUGAUUCUAAGAAACUUCUUCAGUGAAAAGAAACCCUCUCAGAUGAUGUUCAGUUAACUGAUGUAUUUAUUAUUUUGAUAAAUAGGAGCCAUAUAUUUUAUUGUUUUUUUUUUUUUUUUGUUUCGUUUUUCUUUUCCUUUCCUUUCUUUUUUUUUUUUAUUUUCAAACCCUGUUUGAAUGAUUUUCUCUGGAAAAUUCCUUGACUGAAAGUAACUUUACGAGAAAAAUCUUUAGGAACGAAUGCCUCCUGAUCGGCUCCUAUCGUGCUGUUCUUCGUCGUUAAGUCUCUUUUCCCCUCCCUCAAACACCACUCCGAUGCAAUCCAGUCUGAUUGUCCUUAGAAAUAGCCUCCUCCUUUUGAUUCAUUUAUAACUGAUCGUCGAUUCAUGUAAAAGUAAAUGAUGACCACCGUUUGACUUGAAUGAAUUGUUCAGUUAAGAAAAUGUCAAUACAUUUGUUGAAAUAGCUCAA